AUGGUCACGGAUAUGAUCAUAUGGGAUGAAAUAUCGAUGGCUCCGAAAGUCGUUCUUGAAGCCGUCGAUGCCCUUUCGAGAGACAUCAUGCAGAACAAUAUACCCUUUGGCGGAAAAGUCGUUGUAUUAGGUGGAGACUUGAGGCAGUUCCUACCCGUUGUUGAACACGGCCAACAAAUUGUUGAAGCCUGUGUUCGCAAAUCGCAUCUUUGGCCUCUGUUCUCCAUUCAUCGACUAAACAUCAAUAUGAGAGGUCAAGCCGAAGGAAACACUUAG